UCCUAUCUCAUCAACCAAAAGAGAGAGAGAGAGAGAGAGAGAGAGAGAGAGAGAGAGAGAGAGAGAGAGAGAGAGAGAGAGAGAGAGAGAGCAAACUAAAACGAGAUCAGAGAUGACGCAGAUGCUUUCCAUACUCCGCCGCAACCUCCAAAACCUUCGUAAGAGCCCACGCGUAGCUGACGAGACUGAGAUGGCUUCGACGACACAAGGAGCAGGAGUAGUAGCUCAUAACGAAAGACGAGACGGGGCUAACGCCGUUAUGAUGCGAUUCCCUUUCUCGAUCAUUUCGUGCUUUGCCGUGCCACGUGUCAGCGGGACAGAUGGACUAUGGAUGUCUGGAGAUUAUGCCAGCGUCUCAGAGGUUAACCAUCUCAUGGUUAGUGAUGGCAUGAGAUACGCCAUUUUAAUGUAAUAACCCAAGUCCAAACAUGUUCGUAGUGUUUCGUUUUUUUUCUUAUGUUAACGAUACAAUUACUUAGCUUCUCGAUCCUACAUGUGUACAGUAUUAAAUCUAUGAGAUGUAGAACACGUUUUAGUUCUUGUAUAGAUGGAUUAUUGAUGAAGUUUUUGUGUUUGUAGCAUAAGUUAUGCUUCUAAAAUAUUUUCCCCACA